CUUACCGCAAGCACAACUGUUAUAUGUCUGCCGACCCUCGUUGAUGCUCGUCAGCAAUAGAUCCUAUCUACUGGAUCGACAUCAAAAGUAUUUGGAUUGGCCAAGGGCCUCGUCAUUAUUCCUCGGAACACAGCAGCGACAGCAUCAGCACACGCGCAAUCGCACCGCUAAUAAUCAUCGCUCGUAGUGAGAAGUUAUGAAUAGGCACUGGAGUGUUGUUGCGAACUUUUUAAACCGCGAAUAAAAACAGAUUGAUAAAAACGGCAACAAAGAUGACGUGCGGCUGCUCGAGUAGUUUUCUGGACGACGACGUAGUAUUUUGCUGCGAACGGUUACGAGCUGCCGACGACGACGACGACGACGACGGUGGCGGCGGUGGUGACGACGACGACGACGACGACGACAAUGACGACGACGACAACGAUUGUCAAGCGGUCGAUCAUUGUCAGAGAAUGCCCACGAGGGGAGUUCACAGUUGUCGUAGGUGGCAACCGCAGAGAGAAGUUAGCAGGUGUGCCGCUAGUGUCGUCAGAUGGAUUUUACCGAUGGCCACGGUGAUGAUCAUGGCGACAUUUAUACCUGCUUGUGCUGCUGCCGGUGCGUCGACGGCUUCGCUGAAAGGCGCCAACGCGACCACCGUCAGUUUGCCGAAAGAUGGGGUGUGCCAAAGCAUAGACAUAAGAAACCAGGUGAGCGAGUUCUCGAAGCUGGAGGGAUGCCGCGUGAUCGAGGGCUUCGUGCAGAUCCUGCUGAUCGAUCAGGCGAACGCCUCGUCCUACAAUGAUCUCGUCUUUCCCGACCUCGUCGAAAUUACCGGAUACCUCUUGCUGUUCAGAGUACAAGGACUGACGAAAAUAGGCAACAUAUUUCCCAACCUGACGGUCAUUCGGGGCCACCAGUUGUUCGUCAACUACGCCUUGGUGGCGUUCGAGAUGAUGAGCCUACAGGAGAUCGGACUGCACUCGCUGACUGACAUAAUGCGCGGCUCCGUGCGCUUCGAAAAAAAUCCUUUGCUCUGUUACGCCGACACCAUAGACUGGGACCUCAUUGCUACUAAUGGCAAAGGGGAAAACGUUAUUUCGGGCAACAAACCUAUGAACGAAUGUCCGAAAUGUGAUAAAAGCUGUCCCAAAAGGCCGACCGUAAAAGACACAGCGCUGUGCUGGGACAAACAAUUCUGCCAAAAAGUGUGCCCGAGCGAAUGCGGCGACAGAGCCUGCCUGCCGAACGGCGUUUGUUGCGAUUCGUCGUGCUUGGGCGGCUGUACUGGCGAGACAGAGUGGGAUUGCCGCGUGUGUCGCGAAGUGGUGGUGAAUAAGACACGCUGCGUCAGCACCUGUCCGCCGGGAACCUACAAAUUCCUUAAUCGGCGCUGCAUCACCCAGCAAGAGUGCCACACCAUGCGCAAGCCACGCGAGAUGGCCAACAAUGUCAAUCCGUAUCCUUACAAGCCGUUCAACAAUGAGUGCAGCAUCGAUUGCCCACCCGGCUACGAGGAGUAUAAAAUCAACAAUCAAUGGUCGUGCAAGAAGUGCGAAGGGCCCUGCAUGAAAGAAUGCGGCGGCAUGACGGUCGACAGCAUCGCAUCGGCGCAAAAGUUACGCGGCUGUACGCUCAUCAAAGGCAACCUCGAGAUUGCCAUUCGAGAGGGUCAGAAUAUCGUUCGCGAAUUGGAGGAUAAUUUGAGUGGCAUCGAGGUGAUCACCGGUUACCUCAAGAUCUUCCGCAGCUUUCCGAUAAUAUCGCUCAACUUCUUGAAAAAUCUCACGGAAAUACGCGGGGACGAGCUCGAGAUGAAGGAUUACACGCUCGUCGUGCUCGACAAUCAAAAUCUCCAAGAGCUCUGGAAUUGGACUACCAAACCUAGGCUGAAGAUCGGCUCCAGGAAAGACCCCAAAGUCUCGUUCCACUACAACCCCAAGCUUUGCUUGCAGACGAUCGAGGCCCUCCGCGAGCGUACGGGCUUGAAACCUUUCACCGACAUUGAGGUAUCGUCGACGAGUAACGGCGACAAAGUAGCUUGCAACGUAACGGAAAUCAAGACGGCCAUACGAACGAUUUCAUCUAAAGCGGCGAUCAUCAUCUGGGAGCCGUUCGUACAUCACGACAUGCGUACUCUCCUUGGCUACGUUAUCUACUCGAAGGAAGCACCUUAUCAGAACGUUAGCAUGUACGAGUCGAGGGACGCUUGUGGUGGCGAUGGCUGGAAAGUCGACGAUGUGCCUGCUUCCGAGGACAAUGGCAAUAUGGCACGUCAGAAUACCACUAAAGAUCAACUUUACAAAACGUACACUCAGAACAUGAUACUAAUGAUGCUCAAGCCGUUCACUCAGUACGUUUACUACGUCAGAACCUAUACCAUAUCGACCGAACGCUCCGGAGCUCAGAGUAAGCUCAAUUACUUCACCACGCUGCCGGGACAGCCGUCGGCAGUGCGUUCACUUACCAUCUACAGCAAUGCCAGCGAUACGCUUGUCAUCAGCUGGUUGGAACCGUCCGAACCAAACAGUAAUCUCACGCAUUACAAAAUCAUUGGCAAACUAGAACACUACGACUUGGUCUACUUGAGACAGCGCAAUUAUUGCGAAGAACCACUGAGACUUCUGGAACCGAAGCCAAUUGCCGAAAUCGCCGCCGAGGAGAAACUUCGCGCUGAGAAAGAAUUGCAAGCGUCGAAAGAGCCAGAACCAGGGGCUUGUACUUGUCCGAAGCGCGAGACCGUUCCUUCGGAAAAAGAAGCUUAUAGCUCGAUCGCUUUCGAGAACGCGCUGCACAAUCAGGUUUACAUCAAACGCUCCAACAAUGUCCGACGACGACGCGAUACAACUACCGAUAGCUUCAUGCUCGAGGUUGUAAGGAUGAAGCGUGAACUCAAUUCUUAUCAACAGGAGAAAGGCAUGAUCAAUCAAAGCAAAAAAUUGGUAAGCAGCAUAGCAAAAGAUCGCGAUCCGAUGCGUCAACAGGUUGACGAAGCAACGCCGGACGGCGCUUAUCAAAUGUUCGAGCGUCGUGUACCGGCAACAGAGAACAACUUUGUCAUGCGUAAUUUGCGCCAUUACGGCAAGUACAACAUCAUGGUGAUGGCGUGCCGUGAGAAAACAGCCAAUCCAUCCGAACCCGAAUGCUCACCCGAGUCGAUGAAAUCGAUGCAGACAAUUCGUAUGGAUAAUGCCGAUGAUAUUGACUCGGAAACGUUCAUAGUAAAGACGCAAUCGGGUAACGAUAGUACCACCACUGUCACCCUUUAUUGGCAAGAACCCCCGUUACCUAACGGUGCUAUUGUAACUUAUCAUAUUGAAUAUAGGAGAGUCGAAACUGCGAGUCUCAAGAUUUUUCCCGUAUGUAUAACUGGCGAUCAAUUUCGUGAACAAGGCAACUCGCACACCUUGACAAAUCUAUUGCCAGGAAAUUACUCUGUUCGAGUGAGAGCAACGAGUUUUGCUGGAAAUGGUGGCUAUACUGUGCUCAAAACCUUCCUGAUUCCGGAAUCUAACUUAUCGAUGCCACCAUGGAAAGUGACCGUGAUCGUCUUCGUCUGCUUGCUGUUCUUCGUAUUUGCUAUCGUUUGCGGUGGUUACUUAUUCAAAGAACAGUUCUUGCGCAAUGUACCAAGCGUAAGGCUCAUAGCUACCGUCAAUCCCGAGUACGUCAGUACUACUUACCAAGCCGAUGAGUGGGAGCUACCCAGAAAAAGGAUUCAAUUAGGUAGAGAACUUGGAAACGGCUCGUUUGGUAUGGUUUACGAAGGUACGAUCAGAGAUCUCAUUGAGGACGAGAGAGGAAUCAGAUGUGCUGUUAAGACUGUCACGGAGAAUGCAACGGACAGGCAAAGAGUCGAAUUUCUCAAUGAAGCUUCAGUCAUGAAGGCAUUCAAUACUCACCACGUAGUAAAAUUACUCGGUGUAGUAUCGCAAGGUCAACCAACACUCGUAAUAAUGGAAUUGAUGGUGAAUGGCGAUCUGAAGACAUAUCUCCGAAGUCACCGCCCCGAUCAGUGCGAGAAUUUCGCUCGUGAACCUCCAACUUUGAAACGCAUUCUGCAAAUGGCCAUUGAAAUAGCUGACGGUAUGGCGUAUCUGACCGCUAAGAAAUUCGUUCAUCGUGAUCUGGCUGCGCGUAACUGUAUGGUGGCUGACGACUUGACCGUCAAGAUUGGUGACUUUGGUAUGACCAGAGAUAUAUAUGAGACGGAUUACUACAGGAAAGGCACGAAGGGCCUACUACCCGUCAGGUGGAUGGCACCGGAAAGCUUAAAAGAUGGCGUAUUCUCGUGCUCCUCUGACGUCUGGAGUUAUGGUGUUGUGUUAUGGGAGAUGGUGACAUUAGCUUCGCAACCUUAUCAAGGCUUGUCUAAUGAUCAGGUCUUAAAGUAUGUGAUUGAAGGAGGUGUCAUGGAAAGACCAGGUAACUGUCCAGAUGCGAUGUACUCAUUGAUGAGAUUAACCUGGAAUAAGUGGGCACCUCUAAGACCUACCUUUAUCGAUAUUGUGGGGAUGCUUUUGCCGGAAGUUAAUGCGGAAGCUUUUGAAAGAGUUAGCUUUUAUCAUAGUACUCAAGGCGCUGAAGCUAGAAAGUACAAUCCAGCUUCAGCGCCAACGACAGCGCAAACUCUGGCGCUUCCACCUUCCGACAAUGCUUUAGAGCUAGUAACUUUACAAGGUGUACGGGAAGAGGACGUAGAAGGUGAAGAAAAGGCGCCUCUACGUCAAGACUUUCCAGAAUUCUCAUCGUUCGAGCCAGUGACAAACGGCUCGUCAGGUCAUUUCGGCAUGGAAUCAUUUACUGACAGCACAACCAAAACACCAAAGGCUCUUACCUUCAUAGAUCUCAAUUCGUCUAAGACACCCUUGAGAGCUGGCUUCGAUGACUUUGACGGCGUAUCUGCGGGUUCACUCGCCUCGAGUAAAGACGCAUUGAAUUUACCUUUCACCGAGGAUAGUGUUCAGUCCGUGAAAAACUCGCCAUUCGCUCAUCAGAAGUCUUCCUCUAAGAGCAAUGUCAGUCAGAGUUCUGCUGGCAGGUCGUCGCUUAGCCCUCAAAGUCCUAGCAUCACUGCGGUCAAUUCUGGAAACCGACCGAGUUCGUCACUCAUAUCAAGCACACGCUCGGAUCCAGAGUACGAAAACCGCAGUCCAGAAGCAUUGGAUCAGCAGCUGCAAUCUCGCGACAUCACAGGGCUCCACGUGAGUUUUCCAUCGAUGGACGCAAUAGAUUCGGACGAGCCAAGUCCAACGGCAACUACGACGACUCCACCGCCAAGGAGUAGUGAUACUGAGAGUUCAGUCAAGUAUCAAGUAAAACCAUCACCGACGAGUGAUCAGCAACAACCGACAACACCGUUGAAUAACGGCUAUAUCGGUGGUGCGAAUACGUAGCCUUGCGAGGAAGGCCGCUUGAACAGCGGUCUCACUGGCAUUCGUAGGGCCGUUAGCGCCUAAAGCGCAGUAUUCAUCAACUCUCUUUCUCUCUCACUCUCUCUUUCUCACUCUCUCUCUCUCUCUCUCUCUCUCUCUCUCUCUCACUUACUCAGUCACUUUAUCUCAUUUUCUCAUUAUUUCUCUGUUUGUAAUGUACAUUGCCAACGCGAGGGAUUUAUAUUAAAAAUGGAAAUAAACGUGUUGUGUUGUGCUUCCCGGGAGAGAUUAGUAAAAUAUUGCUAUUAUUGAUUGGCUUUGAAAAAAAUUUUUUUAAUUACACGUGAAAAAUUUUUUGCAUUUGCUCUCGUGCAGAAGCUACAGAAAAACUUAAUAUUAUUGUAUUCGUAUGUAGGUAUGAGACGAAAAAAUGGUUUAAACAUAUUUAUCAUUAUUUAUAUAAUUGCAUAUGAGUGUAGCGAUAUUAUGCUAAGGACUUGCAUUUUUUUAAAACCGCCGUUCGUUAGCUGUUGACGUAUGUCUAUUGCGAUAAAGGACUUAUUUUUAAGUUCCUCUGACAGCGAGAGAGAAACUGGAGAAAUUUAUGUUACACAUGAUAUUCCUUUAAUUCCUUAAAUUUUUUUGUUUUUCUUCUGUAUUCUUUUUUAAUGUUAAGCUCGCGGUAUGUGUCUUGAUUCCGUCUCCCAUUUGUAGAAAGAAAAACUGUAUUUUUCUUCUUCCUCGUUUUUUUUUAAACGAGUAUAGGGUGUUCUUGUUGUUGACGACUGAGAUUAGCAACGAUGUAAUGUUUCAAACUUUCCUCACAGUGUUAUUUAAAAAAAGGGAACUCUUCGACUCGAGCAUUAUAUUUUGAUAAAAAAAAGAUCAGUGAUCUCAUUUCUUAACCAUAAAUACGAUCAAUAUUACAUAGAACGAAUCAUGACUCUCAAUGAAAUAUGUUCACCUAUCAAAAUAAAGUGCUCGAUGAGAGAUUUCCUUUUUGAUAAAUAAAGCAGACUUCGAGUUAUCAAAGAUUCUUAUAUGGAAUUCCACGAAGUGUUCAUGAAGAAAAAAAAUACUACGAAUGAAAAAAUAUAAUGAAAUGUAAAAUACGAAAAACAAGUUUAGCUGAGGAAAAAGUUGAAAGAAAAUUUCGAAGCCGUCGUACGGAAUCCUCGCGCGCGCGCGUGCGUGUGCGUAUCUGAUAUACAGACAAUAUUUAUAACUUCUCGUUUAAUUUUUUGCAUGCCGCGAAAUGAGAGAAAAUAAAAAAAGGGAAAAACAUCGUUAGAUUUUAAGCGAACUAUAAAUGAUAAGAAAACGAAGCAAACUACAAUAGGAAUGAAGUCAAACAAACGUUGACUGCAAAUUUGUAAUUUCAUUCACCUCCGCCAGCGUUUCUCGCUUGAACUGAUUAAUUGACUAAGAGCGUCUAAAAAAAAUAUAUAAUGAUUGAAUGUGUCAAAAGAAUCUUCCUAUUUCCGUCACUGGCCGUAAUCGCUUGCUCGUUGACACUGUACAUAUAUAUUUUUUGAAAAAGUGUUCAAAGAUCUAAUUACGUUUAACUCAAUGGAAAAUACUUGUAGUAAGAAGGAAUAAUAUCUUCGGAUUUAAACAAUCAUUUUCAUACAUUUCCAAUCAUAACUGAAGAGAAAAUUAAUUAUGGUGCGCUAAUCUUUUUACAAUCAUUCCUUGAAUCUAGUACCUGGCAGUCUAAAAUAGAAAGGGUCAAAAGAAAGUUUUUAUAGGUUACUAUGCAUUUUUCAUUGUUUAAUCGUAAUAAUAAAUCUUGGCUUUCCAUCGAAUGAAAAAAAUUAUAAGCUUCGGACAUCGCAAGCCAUAAAAAAGAUAAAUAUAAAAGAUAUUUUUAAGCGCAUAAAUUUUGAAUUUUUCUUUUUAGACAACGAUCUAUGUAAAGAGAGUUGCGCUUGAACCUUAACGAGAAAAUUUGGCAUGUAAAGAGGCUAUUAAUAUUGUUUUGUCGAUAAGGAAAUAACAAAAAAGAGGAAAAAAUUUUGAAGAUAUGAUAACAAAACAAUCCAAAAAAAUGCAAAUCCAAAUGAAGCACAUAAUGUAUGUAUAAGUUCUAGGAGACAUGAAUGCGUGUUGUAUGUAUGUCUGUCUUGAUAUGCGCGACAACUGACCAAUGUAAAACGCGAUUUCGUCACUUUUACCCGCUGUGUUCUCUGCUAAGUCAGUUUAGUUGACUGUUUUCCCCAUCCCUCAUUGUAAAGUUUAUAUUUUUGUGGAAUAUUUUGUACAGUCGUCUCACGAAAUAUCUACCGUUGCGCCUGGAUGGAUCUCUUUAACGAAUGAGAGAUGACAAAAUACAAGCAGCUGUUAUUUUUCCUUCGAGCAUUUUUCUUAAUUAGCGAAAUAUUUACUUGCCUUUCGAAAAAAAAAUAUUUUUGCUCUGCUUAUCACGCAAUCAAAUACUUUUCUUCUAAAGAGAAUUACAAAUAUAUUCCAACAAUUUGCGUUCAAUCAAAUGCUAGUCUACUCUCUUAUGAUUAUUUUUUGAUUACUGAUAAAAUGGUUGCGAUUUAUUCUGUAAUUCUCUGUGGUAGGAAAAAGAAUAUUUUUUUUCUAUCGGUAACAAAAACUCAACUUUAAUGUAAGUUCGAUACGCAUAAAUUUCGACUAAACAAAAUACUAUUUAUUCUGAUAUUAAGUACAAUGUCGUUCGAGUGCACCGCGCCAGAUCGAAUAUAUUUUUCGCUUAUGCCCCGUCAAGUUAGCGAGUAAAAGAGGCACCGAAGACAUUGUUCAUUGAUCUGCAGACAUUUGGGUAGCUUAAAUUAUUUUUUUGAAAAAACAAUAAUCAAUUUCUUUUUGUGCGUUUAUAUAAAGUUUGUAUCAGUAUUUGUUUUAUUAAAUUUACAUUAGACAAUUCGACGAUUGAUAAAAAAGUGUCUCUUUUUAGUUACACAAAGUUACCUGCAGUAUUUGCUUCAUGAUAACAAUAAACAGCAUUUAAGUGGAAUAUAUAGACAUCAGAUUGUAUUCUGCAGCCCGAGCAAUACUUUUUACGCAUAAAAGCGAUAUACAUUAAGCUGAAAAAUAACUGGAAAAACUAGUGUUAUAUUUAGGUAAUAUUGAUGAUAAAUUUAAUAACACAAUAAUUAUUGAUGCACAUGAUUUGUACAUAGAAGGAACAUUAAUGAGAAAUGAAUGAUAUGUUUUACUUUUCAAAAUAUAAUUUAAGACACCUAAACUUUGCAAUUUAAAAAAAAUAAAUAAAUAAACAGAACAAAAUAUGAAGAGCCUUCGUAUUUUGUUAUGUAAAUGUAAAUCUUCGAUGAAAAUAAAGGCUGCUUUGUUGAAGGCCGCUCGGUGCUAAUACUGCCCUGCGCAUAAAAAGCUGAAACAAACGACGUAAGUACGGCGUAUGUCCCGAAGAGUUUUGUCUCUCUCGUUAUAAAGCUAUGUCUGUCGAAGGCACACUAUCCUGUUUUCUUUCGAGUCUUUGCGCCUUCGAUAAAUAGAGGAGAGAAAUUAGACUGCUUUAGCCCAGUAAUAGUAAAGAUUGAGACGAUUUGAAAUUGUUAAAGAUCUAAUGUUGUUAUGCAUUUGUUUUUUCGUUUUCUUUCUUCAUUCCUUACUCUCUAUUUCCAUUUUUACAUUUGUUACCGAUUUUUGCCGUACAAUAGACAACACUAAAAAAUAUAAAAAAUUGCUUAGGCGUUAGAUCGCGACGACACAUUUUAUUCAUUUAUCUUUUUAAAUUCACGCCAAAAUCGUGCAUAACAGCGUUGUAAAUUCAUUGAAGGUAAAAAACGGCAGGUAAUUAUUGCUGAGAUCCGAAGUGACUUUUGAUUGACGGUUGUAGGGAAUAAUAGGAAUGACAGGACAUAUUGAAAGAAAGAAAAUUAAACAGUUAAACUACACGAGCAACGCAAUAUAAAGUUGAGAAAAAAUAUAACUAGACACAUUGAGCCUCAAAUACAAGACUGAUUAGCUAAACCCCCUGUAUAAACAUAUGUAAUCUCGCAAUCGAUAAGUUUACUGAAUAAUAGUAAAAAGUAAAAAGAAAAUCCGUCGGAGUUUGAUAAGGAAAGGGAACGUUAUUGCGACGCAUCCUUUUUCUUCCAAGUGACUUCGCAAAACAUACCCGCUUGUACAUGUAUAUAAUUACUAUAGCCUUUAAGUAUGCAUAAAUUCAAUCGUAAUAAAGAUCGAAGUACCAGUGACCUAACAGACCUAUUUUAACCGUACGCUUUACAUUUACAAAAAAAGUAAAAAAAUAUCUCGUGUACGUGCAUGUGUGUGGGCGUGUAUGUGUGCGUGUGUGUGCGCGCGUGUGUGUGUGUAUAUAUA